CUUCUAUUCCACCCUUGUCGCCCCCCCCCGAUGCCUGCCUCCCCCCCCCGCCCCGCGAGGCCCUCGAGGAGACCGAGGGCGAUGGGGCCGAACCGGUGCGGGGGCCGGAGGACGACUUCCUCCUCCUUCUGACCCACGCCGAGCAGCAGGCGCAGAUCUCCCAGGUUCAGGAGCUGGCUCCAGAGGAGCGACGGGAGGAAGGCGCGGCUCUUCGAGAAGGACAUUGCGACGCUGGUCCGGAAGUGCAAGGUGGUGCAGUGGAUGUGAGCGGCGUUCCGGAUGGCGUUCUUUCUGGUUUUGCGUGCUGCCGUUGUUUGACCCUCCUCCAGGUCCCAGACACCGGGCGUCUCGGAAAAAUCGAGACGAAGGUGUUCUGUAGUUUUCUGUUUCUCGGGGCCCUCGCCGGGCCUCGGGACCGUCAAAAAACAACUCGGGAUGAAAAAUUCUCUACCUGUCUGAAUCACUCACGCCCUAAAGGGCUGGUAGGGUUGCUCAGUUUCUCUCUCACGGUGUUCAAUGCACACGCCGUGAUUUUUCCCUGCGCGGGGGGGGGGUGGGGCGCUCGCCGCGAGAACCAGCGCGGCGUGCGCGCGCGAGCGCCGAACGCGCCUGGUUUGCGGGAGCCGACGCGGGGGGCCUUACCUCGGAUCGGUCUGCGUCCAGGGAGGCGGGUCUGAAACGCUAGCUGGGGCGCGAGGGCGAGCGCGCGCCCGCAGGGCGCUCUCCCGCCAGCAGCGGCCGCCACCGCCGCAGGCUGAGCAGGCAGACGCGAGAGAGAAGGGAUUCGCGGGGAG